AUGAACCACUCGAUUAAAGACUCGGCAAUGAUGAGAGCGGCAAAUGCCAGGUGGCUUCUGCAACGUUGGACAAUGACCAAAUACUCGUUGCACGACCGCCUUCAACUAUGGGCCACUGGAGAUAAAUAUGCAAUUGAACCCGUCGGAACGGGAGAACUGCCGCUGACGAUUGACCGACACACGGGCGAAAUCACUCUCGAGCCACUAAACAAGGAUUGGCUGCAGUCUGCGACGGUGAUGACAAUCUACGGUAUCAUGGGUAUAUUAAAGCUAUCAACUUCGGAUUUUCUGGUGCUCAUCACGGACCGGAAGUCCAAGGGCAAGCUCCUAGGCAAGGACAUCUACCAGGCAACGGACUACAAGGUUCUACCCAUUGCCUCUGGCGCGUCGGUGUCGCAGAUUCUCGGGCACCCGAUAGAGAAGCAGCUGCUGGGUCUCAUUCACUCUCAUCUCUUUUCUGCUACUUUUAUCUUUUCGUACGAAUGGGAUGUAACGCGCCGAAUGCAGGCGCAGCUCAUUGCGGCAAAUGACGACGCGGCCAAAGCGCCUUGGCAAGCUGCAGACCUCCGGUUCUUCUGGAACUACCAUUUGUCGAGGAGACUCAUGCAGCAAGCUUCUGUUGACCUGGGGCGCUUCAUCUUGCCUGUCAUCUAUGGAACGUGCGAGAUCAACUACACAGAGAUUAACGGCCAACGGUUCCAGUUUGUCCUCAUGUCGAGGCGGUCUCGGUUCCGAGCCGGCACGCGGUACUUUACUCGAGGUAUUGAUGCAGACGGCCACGUAGGGAAUUACAACGAGACGGAGCAAAUCGUGGUCACGGAGAAUAAUUCAAAAACGGCAUUUGUUCAGACACGAGGCAGCAUACCCCUCUUCUGGGCCGAGGUGAACAACUUGGCGUAUAUCCCAGACAUGCAAGUCAUGGAACGACCAGAUGCUAUAUCGGCGUUGAGAUUACAUUUGGAGGAGCAAGUGUCGCUAUACGGCUCGCAAUCCUUGGUCAACUUGGUGAAUUCCAAGGGGCACGAGCAACAGGUCAAGGAGGGCUAUGAAAAGAACGUCGCUCUGGCCUCUGUUCCUUCGGUUCAAUACCAUCACUUUGACUUUCACAAAGAAUGCCGGCAUAUGCGUUGGGACCGUAUCAGCAUUCUGCUCGACCGGCUGGCACCUGAAUUGGAGGAGAAAGGAUUUUUCCAUGUCACUCUCGCUGGUGGUGUUCAGAAAUGGCAGAUGGGCGUCGUUCGCACAAACUGCAUGGAUAAUCUCGACCGAACCAACGUCGUACAGUCCUCGAUUGCAAAGUGGUCACUUAGCAAGCAGCUUCAAGAGCUUGGGAUCCUUUCCGAGGGAGAAACCGUUGAACAGCAUGAGCAAUUCAUGUCCCUUUUCCGUCACGUCUGGGCUGAUCAUGCGGACGCAAUCUCAACCGCGUAUAGUGGCACCGGGGCACUGAAGACAGACUUUACACGAACCGGCAAACGUACGCGUCUCGGUGCGCUACAAGAUUUUCGAAAUUCGGCUGUAAGGUACAUCAAGAACAAUUACUUUGAUGGACCUCGUCAAGACGCAUUUGAUUUGUUCACCGGGACAUGGGUUCCUCGAGGGCCUUCAUCUGCAUACGCGCUGUUUUUCGAUCCUCGACCACUGCACACGAGAGCCAUGCCAUAUGUCAUGAGCUUUGCAAUCUUUAUGAUCUUUGCAGGGUUGACCUUGCCCCGCACAUCAGGUAUGGCAUUACAAGAGGCGUCUGCUGGCAAUACUGAUGAGAAUAAUAAUGCAGACUACUCGCUUACGUACUAUUUCCUGUUCUGGAUCAGUGUCGUGACGGCUACCUUUGCCUAUAUUCGUGCCCAUGGAGUCGAAUAUGUGUCUUGGCCACGAUUGAAGCGCCUGGACGAUGUGAUCUACUAUACGGGACCAGGAUACCGCUCUCGCAAGGCACCGAAACCGCCAUCGUACAUGGAAGCGGCCAAGUCGGCAGCAGCGAGGGGACGAUUGACGAGCGCGCGACCGUAUCACCUAGAGGAGAUUGAGAUGGGGACGAGUAAGAGGACGGAGUAG